AUGCGCGCAGCCCCGGAAGCUGCUUGGACUGCCUUUCGCUGCUUCAGGGGGCCCUUGCUGCUGCAUAGGGAGCGCAGCAGCAGCAGCAGCAGCUGCUGCUGCAGCUUCCAGCAGCAAGCUCUGCCCUACCGCUGGCGCCCUGCACCUUGCAGCAGCAGCAACGGGAGCAGCAGCACCAGCAGCAGCAUCAAGGGGAGCAGCAGCAGCAGCAGCAGCAGCAAGAUUUGUCGGAAGCAUGACGGGGUGUACCCGUCGUUAUUUUGCUGCAGCUCUUCGCCUUCCUUUGGCCUCCCCCUGACUUCUUUUGGUUGGCGUUCUGCAGCAUUUGUUGAUUUGUCUGUCUCCGAUGCGUUGCAGUCUCAAGUUCGUGCGGCAACUACAUCUAAAAAGCAGCAGCAGCAGCAGCAGCAGCAGCAGCAGAAGCAGCAGCAGCAGCAACAGCAGCAGCAGCAGCAGGGAUUAAGCGAAGCGCUCUGCUCGGCUUUGCCUGAAGGCGUUUCUUGUCCGCCAGACUACGCGGGAGCAGCACCCAGCAGCAGCAGCAGCAGCAACAACAACAACGACAGCAGCAGCAGCAACAACGGCGACAGCAGCAGCAGCAGCAGCAGCAGCAACGACUUUCUACCAGCCUGGGCCCUUCGCUCCGCUGCUCCUGCAGCAGAAGUUCUUUUUCUGAGGGUUUUGCCUCUCGCGCCGCUGCUGGUCUUGAGUGUGGGGGUGCAUGCGUUACCUCCCAUGGGUCUGCCUCUCUUGGCUCGCGACUGUCUCUCUGGUCUCAUCGCCUACGCUGCCGCUCUCUUAACUGCAAAUGCGGCUGUACACGUAGGCCUUCAACUGGCGGAAGUGGGGUUCCCCCCACAGCGCCAGCAUCGGGGGUUUUACAAUGUGGGCCGUCUCGGUCUCUCUCUCUUUUUCGUAGUUCAUUCAGUCCUCAUUUGCGGACUUGUACAUCAAGAGCCGCUGCAUGCGCUCUAUCUAAGUGCUGCUUCUUUUUUGGGGCUGCUUGGCGUUGAUUUGCUCUGCACAAGAAAAGGCUGUCUCCCUCUAUGGUAA